UUCGUCAUGUGCAGCUAUGGUUUUUAAUCCUUCUUUUAUAAGAGCAUGUAUGGUAACGUCUUUCUAUUGAGAGCACUGUGUCAGAAGUCAGACUUCUAUUCUAGUUUAAUAGUGAUUCCAUUGAACUCAUUGAUCUUCUCCAAUUGAGAAAGCAUAAAAAUUAGAUUUGUGGGCGGAGAGGAAAUAUGUCAAAAGCCUCUUUUUUCAUGGAAUUUUUUUUUCUUUUUAUCUUUUAUAACCAUGGCUGAUCACGCUGAAUUACUUGACGAUCUCAUCUACUUUUCCCGUGCUGGUGAACUUGAAGACCUCAAAGAAUUAAAGGCCUCUCCCGAGCUUUUCGUUGAGAAAGACGACACUGGUAAAACUGCUCUUCAUAUGGCAAGUGCCAAUAACCAUGUCGAAAUUGUGGAGUACAUUGUGGAGCAACUCUCUACUUUGGAUGAAAAGAAAAAGAUUGAAUUGAUCAAUACAAAAAACAACGAAGGUAACACACCUCUUCACUGGGCUGCUUUGAAUGGCCAUUUAGAAGUCGUUGAACUUUUAGUGAAAAAUGGUGGUGACUGUAAGAUCAAGAACAAUAUGAAUUUAACGCCCAUUUAUGAAGCACAACAAAGAGAACACGAAGCAAUUGCUGAAUACUUUUUGAACACAAUGAUUGAGGAAGCACCUGAAGAACCUUUAGAAGAAGAUAAACAAUAUGUUGAAACUGGUUUUACUGCUCCUGAUAGCAGUGAUAGCACAAAGAAGGAAGAAGAGCACAAAUAGAAAUGUAUCAUUUAGUUGCAUAAUAAAAGCAAAAUGUUUUUUUUAAUCCAGUG